UUUUUUUUUCAUUUAUAUACAAGUCUUUACUAAUUAUACUCUAACAUGCUUUGCUUAAUUAAAGUAUUAAACUCAAACAUUGGGAAUUGUGUUUAAUUUCUACUUGGUGUUCAUUUGUAGGGAGAGAGGCCUAUGAAUCAUGAAUAAUAAUUCUUUUGUUACGAUGUCGUCUGGAGUGAAGAAAGGUGCAUGGACUGAAGAAGAAGAUCAUCUUUUAAGAAAUUGUAUUGAGGAGUACGGAGAAGGAAAGUGGCAUCUAGUUCCCAUUAGAGCUGGUCUGAAUAGAUGCAGGAAGAGCUGCAGACUUAGGUGGCUGAAUUAUCUAAGGCCACACAUAAAGAGAGGUGUAUUCUCUUCUGAUGAAAUAGAUCUCAUGUUGAGGCUUCAUAAGCUUUUAGGCAACAGAUGGUCACUUAUUGCUGGGAGACUUCCGGGAAGGACAGCAAACGAUGUGAAAAAUUACUGGAACACCCACUUUCAAAAGAAGUACAAUAUUGCUCCUCCUCAUCUUCAUGACCAACACCAAAAGAUUAACAAGUGUACUAAGAUUACCAACAAACACACUAUAAUUAGACCUCAACCUCGGAAACUUUCAAAUAAUUCUCCAUGGUACUGCAGCAACAAAAGUAUCACAAACAAUAUUAGUACUACUGACGAUCAAGGCAACAAAGGGAAAAUGAUUAUGGAGAACAAUAAUCCAAUAAUUACGACAGAAGAAGAGGACAGCGUUGAAUGGUGGGAAAGUUUAUUGCUGGCCUCUAAUUGUAAUGAAUUUGAUGGGAGCACAUCAUCAUUAUUAAAGAAGAGGUUUAAUGAGGAUCUACAAAGUUUGUUGCACGAGGAUAUAUUAUUACCAGAAAUAUCCAAGGAUGGUAGUGGUGUUGGAACAACAUUAGGUUUGAGUGACUAUUACGUUGAUGAAGAUGUUGACCUCUGGGGUCUACUUAAUUAACUCAAACCUUCAUUAUUAUGUACUAUUAUAAGCUUAGAGAUGCAUGUGCUAGUAUUGGUACCACCGAAAUGUCUCUACGUAUUUUAUGUUAUGUCACAUUUUGCACUUUCAUGUAUUCAAAAAAUAAAAGGGAUGUUUUUUUCUUUUCAUUUUGGGUGUGUAUGGCACGGAUGAAAAUGUUUUCAAAUUUUCCCAUAUUUGAUGAUCAACAUAUUUUGGAGAAUAUUU